AUAAAACAUAAGCCCCGCCCGACCAGACCAUCGUCUCUCGAAGAAAAUAACAAACUUAAGAAGGAGAGCGAGCGUACCCUAGUUUCCUUGACGAUGCCGCCGAUUCUGAGAUCCGUCAAUUUCGCGCAGGUAACUCGCGGGGGGAGAUCUGUUGCCCGCAAUUUCUCUUCGUACCGCAGAAGAAGAAGAAGAAUAAGCUAUGAAGAGUCUAAGGGACGAGGAAUAAGAAUAGGAAAUGUCAUAACUGGAGGUGCAGGAGCCACUCUGGGUUGUUACUUUGGUUAUUUGCUCACUGGAGACUGGAUACAAGAUCUCGAGAAGAAACGACAAGAGGCUAUGAGGAAUGCUUUGGGUCACUCUGCAAAAAUUGAAGAUUUAACGGAGAAGAUGUGGUCUGAUGUUAAGUUGAUAAAGAUGUUUUCUGAUCUCGAGAAGAAGAUGCUGUCUCAACUUAGUGGUUUAAGUUUCGAAAGGAUGUGGUCUGAUCUGAUGGAGAAGAUUGGUUCCGGUCGAUCACCCUAAUUAUUGUCAAGCUUGUCUUUGUGGAGUAGCAGUCAAUCUUAAUAAAUUAUUAUGUAAACGUCUGUGCUUUUUGUUUAAAUGUAUGGUGUGAGCAUCUUAUCUUAUUGUAGGAAAACGUGUUAGCUUAAAUGUGAACAAACAUGGAAGCCUAGCUUAUGCUUCUUUUGAUAUUUAACAUAAGAUUUUAAUGA